AUGCGCUGCAUCCUCAUCAAGGACGGCAAGGGGCCCGUCGAGAACCUCUACCUCGGCGAGGAGCCGACGCCGAGCCCCAAGAAGGGCGAGGUGCUGGUCAAAACUUUCGGCCUCAACCGCAUGGACCUCCUCCAGCGUGAGGGCAAGUACAACCUCCCCCCGCAGGCUAGUAAGACUGUCCUCGGCGUCGAGUUUGCCGGGACCAUCACGGAGCUCGGCGAGGGCGCGUCGCAGUACAAGGUCGGCGACGAGGUGUUUGGACUUGCUUUUGGUGGCGCAUACGCCGAGUACAUCGCAAGCCCCGAGGCCAUGCUCCUCCCCAAGCCCAAGGAGCUGAGCUGGGUGCAGGCCGCCGCUCUCCCCGAGAACUGGAUGACUGCGUACCAAGCCCUCUUCCUCGAAACGGGCCUGAAGGAGGGCGAGAACGUCCUGAUCCACGCCGGCGCCUCCGGCGUCGGCGUCGCGGCAAUCCAGCUGGCGCUGCAGACCGGCAAGGCCGGCAAGGUAUUCACGACGUGCGGCAGCGACGACAAAGUGGCCUUCCUGCAGAAACUGGUGGACAACGACCCGCGCCUGCACGUGAUCAACUACCGGACGCAAGACUUUGAGGAGGAGAUCAAGAAGAGCGACUCGGGCGUCGACGUCGUCGUCGACUUUAUCGGCAAAGACUACUUCCAGCGCAACUUGUCCGUGAUGCGCCGCGACGCGCGCAUGGUCCUCCUCGCGUUCAUGAGCGGCGCCGUUGUCGACAAGGCCAACAUCGCCAUGUUCCUCGCCAAGCGCCUCCAGCUCCGCGGGUCCACCCUCCGCUCCCGCACGCUCGAGUACCAGGCCGACCUGCUCCAGCGGUUCAGGGAGCACGCGCUCCCCCUCAUCGUCGCAGGCAAGUACAAGAUCGAGGUGUACAAGACGUUCCCGUGGACCGAGGUCAUCGAGGGCCAGAAGGAGAUGGCGGCGAACAAGAACUCGGGCAAGAUCAUCUUCGAGGUUACCAAGUAGAAAAAGAGCAGCAUGCAGGCAGGUUGAUGGUGAUGGUGAUGGAGAACGGCGAGUACAUGGCUG